ACCUUGAAGCGACGCCGAGCGCGACGGAGACACCGCUUCCUCCGCCUCUUCUGUCUUUCUCUCUCGUUAUUUCCUCCCCUUAAACAGUAGCUGAAUCCUGGUUCUUGAAGCAGCAGAAGCAUUUCUGUUCGCGGGAAAUUCAGAUAAUCGAUCGAAUUUUGCUGAAUUUACGCUGGGUGGUGGUGGUCGCGGUGAGAGUGGCGUGAUGGGAUUUUGCAUAUGUCCUUUAGAAACUCCGGCGAGAUUGCUCUGGACUACUAGCUUCUUCCGCCACAAGCUCAUGAUCUUUUAGUUUUUACUACACAGAGUCUGUGUGUGUAAAGUUUUCCGUUACCACCUUAAUUAAUAUUCGUGUCUUCGACGGCGGAAGCCGCCGGAAUCUUGGACAAAGAUUUUUAUAGCUACCCUACCCGUAUAGAUAGAGUCGGAGAAAGGAUAGAAGGAAAAGCUUUAAUUAUGAUGGAGUCAGGCCGUCUUUUUUUCGAUCCCUCAGCUUGCCACGGCAAGCUGUUGUUCCUCGGAAGCGGUGACGGUGUUUAUCGAGGGGCAAGGCCGAUGAUUGGCAUGGAGGAGACCUCAAAGAGGCGGCCCUUCUUCAGCUCGGCGGAGGACUUGUACGACGAGGAAUAUUACGACGAGCAAUUACCAGAGAAGAAGCGCCGCCUUACGCCGGAUCAGGUUCAUUUGCUGGAGAAGAGCUUUGAGGAAGAAAACAAACUGGAGCCUGAGAGGAAGACCCAGUUGGCAAAGAAGCUGGGCCUGCAGCCGAGACAGGUGGCUGUGUGGUUUCAGAACCGCCGUGCAAGGUGGAAGACGAAGCAGCUUGAGAGGGACUAUGAUCUCCUCAAAUCCUCUUAUGAUUCCCUUGCUUCAAACCAUGAUUCUGUUGUCAAGGAGAAUGAGAAGCUCAAAUCUGAGGUUGCCUCUUUAACUGAGAAACUUCAAGCUAAGCAAGUGGUCACAGAGCAAACGCCAGGUCAAAGGGCGGAUCCCCUCCCGGUGGAAAUCAUCAAUGUUUCUCCCCUCCAGCACCGUGUCAAGGCUGAGGACAGGUUGAGCACUGGUAGUGGUGGCAGUGAAGUGGAGGACGAGGAUGGUCCACAGCUCGUGGACAGUGGUGAUUCAUACUUCCCUAGUGAUGAAUACCCCGGCUGUGUGGGGCCUGUAGAUGGUGUCCAGUCAGAGGAGGACGAUGGCAGUGAUGAUGGCCGGAGCUACUUCUCAGAUGUGUUCGCAGUCACUGGUCAGCAGCAGCAGCAGCAACAGCAGCAUGAAGAGGCUCUAGACUGGUGGGUGUGGCCAAAUUAAGGGCUGCUUCACAUGCUACUAGUAAUUACUCCCUUCCAUAUAUAUUUUGUAUUGCUAUUGUAAUGUCAGCUAAAGACUAAAAUGUAUCUCAAGGAAAACCAGGUAAAAACAAUUAAACAAAAAAAAAAACUGUACCCUUCAAACUGGUGAUUCAAGCUCUCUGUGUAGGGGACAACGUAUGUGAAUAAAAUGUUUCCUGGUCAAUGGUGUGUCGUGUUGUAAUACUGAUGAAAUAUAUACUCAACCUGUUUGAAAUCAACUCAAAGUGUGUGAAACCAUACACAGAAUUUGCUGUGUUUUAGGUCUAUAUUACUCACUGGACACUGUCAGCCCACCCUAAACUUCAACGAAUUUCAAUAGAAUAUGUUCUUCCCCACCCAACCACCUUUUUUUUUUAUCUCAUCCUUGAAUCAUAGCUGAUGUGCACAUUGACCCACAAUCCUUUUUCUCGAUUUUUUUAAUAUUUAUUUUGUGGGGUUGGGUUUGGGAGGUAGAGGAUUCUUUUCAAGCAUCAUCAACUCACACACACCCACCUGACAGAUAUCUAAAGCAAAUUUAAACAUAAUUCGGAAAUAGUUUAGAUUCAAUCAUACAUGGAAGUAUGGAACUGCAGACAUCUGUAAUCGUUCAAGAUGCAUGAUCCAACAAAUCUUCAAAAGCAGUGCAAUAUAAGUUCUAACCCACCAACUUUUUUUGAAACAUUAGUAUAGUGGAACAAGAAAGAAAGUACCUGUUGCUUGUCAUGUGGCAGCAGCAGAUUCACGGCUUUUAUAGAAGGAUUUGAGUCCCAAGAUCAAGCAAUUACUGGAAGAAACAUGCCCUACAAAGAAAGCUCAUCAUAUUUU